AUGGCGUUCCUUCCUUCCCUCCCGCUCACCCCUGGCCCCGGCCCAGCCCGCGGCAGGACGGCAGCGGGGAGAGCGGCCGAAGGGAGCGAGCGAUGCGGCAAUCGAGCCGGGAGCCGGGCCGCCGUCGCUCGGGCCACGGGGGCGGCGGCAGUGCCGCCGGCGCCCAAAGGCUCUCUCCUUCCCUUUCGGUCGGGGCAGCGGGAGGCGGGCAGGCUGUCUGCGGGGGUGGGGGGGGGGGGGGUGGGGGGGGGGGGGGGGGAGGUGGGGGGGGGGGGGGGCGGGCGUGCGUCCGGCUGGCGGCGAAAGUCGGCCGCCUUCGCCUCCCGGCUUUCGGGAGGAAAGGGCGCGUGCGAGCCGCUGCGCGCGCCCCCUGGAGCGGGCACGAGCCUGCCGGUCGUGCGGGCCGCCCGCCUCGCACGGGCUCGCGGGCCCGGGCCGCGGGGGUGCUGCGCGUCCGAUCGAGGACGGCUCCUCAGCCAAGCGCACGCCAGAGGGCUCGGCCGCCAGGGGGCGGAGGCCGACCGGGGACAGCAGGUCUACCCACGGGCGAGGCGGCUGUCGGCUAAGGCCAGCCGGGGACAACAGGUCUACCCCGGAACUCCGAGGCCAGCCGCGGCCAACAGGUCUACCCCCGGAGCGCCGAGGACCUCCGACCGGGGACAGCAGGUCUACCCACGGGCCGGCCGCGGCAACAGGUCUACCCCCGGCGCCCGGCCCGGCGGGGCGGCGGCGCGGGAAGGCCCGCUCGGCCCCCGUCGCCGGCCCGACCAAGUCCGCGCGACGAGACCUGGUCUACCCGGCCCCCGCCACGAGCCCGAGGGCCCGCCGCCGGCCGGGUCACCGCGCGCGCCGCGCCCAUCCACGGCCCGGACACCAGGUCUACCCCCGCGCCCGGAGACGACGGCCGACGGGCUCCCUGCCAGCGCGCCCGCGCGCGCUGCGGGGAGACCCGCCGCCGCCCGCGCGGCCAAGCCCCCGCCCCGUGUAUCGGGCCUGGGACCCGCACGGAGGGAAGUCCAGGCCGCGCGCGGCCCGGCGGGGCCUCUCUCUCUCUCUGCGCCCCCGCGCCCGGAGCGCGCCGGCGGCACGCGGCCCUUCGCCCGCUGCCUCGGCCCCCGGACUCCGCGUGUCGGGCCUGGGACCCGCGCGGAGGAGGGCGCGAAGGCGGACCGCGCUAGCGCGGGCGCCCGCGCGCCCGCGCAACCGGGGCCCCCUGUCGGCCCCGGCCCGCCCAGAGAGACCCCACCUCGGACGAGGAGGAGGAGGCGCGCCGCGCCCGCGCGCCGCAGCGCCCGCGCGCCGCGGCGCCGGGACGGCCCGCUCGCGUGCGAGAAGGAAGAAAAGCGGGAGAGCGACAAAAGCUUGUGUCGAGGGCUGAUUCUCAAUAGAUCGCAGCGAGGGAGCUGCUCUGCUACGUACGAAACCCUGACCCAGAAUCAGGUCGUCUACGAAUGA